UUAUUCACACAGAGAGACACAUCUGACUUAUACAAGUCAACCGAGCUGCUCUCGUACCCUCAGUUCAAGCUUCCCCUCCAGACCUUCAAUCACCAUAUCAGGCAUCUGUUGGAUCACUGUGCAUCAAUUCUGGAUCACUUGCUGAGAUCACCUUCCAUUCAGUGCUGCGCAAAUGUUUAUAAUGGAUUUACGAUUGUUGCACACAGCUUAGUAAGAGAAUUUCUUUUAUAAAAAGUGUCGAAGUGAAAAGAUAGAGAAGUGGUAAUUUACCAUCUCAACGAAAGGACCGUAGGACAGUCUUUAGACACUGAGAGACCGCCAUCAUCAAAAUGGCAACCAAUAGGGAGAGGCCUAUGAGUCAUAUGACAGGGUUCUACCCCUUUGCCUUCAGUUCAAUGCGAAACCACUCCCCCUUUGAUCUUCUGGCCAAUGGCAGCCUAUUUGGACGAUUUGGAGCGGACCUUCCCAAAGAGAUGGCAGCUCUGUCGGUGGAGACCCAGAGCACAAGCUCAGAGGAGAUGGUUCCCAGUUCUCCUUCUCCACCCCCUCCUCCUCGUAUCUAUAAACCUUGCUUUGUGUGCCAGGACAAAUCUUCGGGCUACCAUUACGGAGUCAGCUCUUGUGAGGGCUGCAAGGGUUUUUUCCGUCGCAGUAUCCAGAAGAACAUGGUGUACACCUGCCACAGAGACAAAAACUGCCAGAUCAAUAAGGUGACACGGAACCGCUGUCAGUACUGCCGGCUGCAGAAGUGCUUUGAGGUUGGCAUGUCUAAGGAAGGUAAAAAUCAGAGCACGGUCCGGAAUGACAGGAAUAAGAAAAAGAAGGACAUAAAAGAGGAGGUGGUUCUUCCAGAAAGCUACGAGCUGAGUGGUGAACUGGAAGAACUGGUUAAUAAAGUCAGCAAAGCACACAGGGAAACCUUCCCUUCGCUCUGUCAGCUCGGAAAAUACACGACUAAUUCCAGUGCGGAUCAUAGGGUUCAGCUGGAUCUUGGACUGUGGGAUAAGUUCAGUGAGCUCUCCACAAAGUGCAUUAUAAAGAUUGUGGAGUUUGCCAAACGUGUGCCAGGUUUUACUUCACUCACCAUUGCAGACCAGAUCACCUUGCUGAAAUCUGCCUGCCUUGAUAUACUGAUGUUGCGGAUUUGCACUCGCUACACUCCAGAACAGGACACUAUGACCUUUUCGGAUGGACUGACCCUCAACAGAACACAGAUGCACAACGCUGGUUUCGGCCCACUCACAGACCUGGUGUUUGCUUUCGCUGGGCAGCUCCUGCCCCUGGAGAUGGACGACACAGAGACAGGGCUCCUUAGCGCCAUCUGCCUCAUCUGCGGAGACCGCAUGGACCUGGAGGAACCUCAUCGGGUGGACCAGCUACAGGAACCUCUGCUAGAGGCGUUAAAGAUCUACGCUCGCCGGCGACGCCCCAACAAGCCUCACAUGUUCCCACGAAUGUUGAUGAAGGUCACUGACCUCCGAGGCAUCAGCACUAAAGGAGCAGAGCGAGCCAUCACUCUAAAGAUGGAGAUCCCAGGCCCCAUGCCUCCUCUGAUCAGAGAGAUGCUGGAGAACCCUGAGGUCUUUGAGGAGAGCUCUGACUCUAAAGACACCGGUGCUUCUGCCCCCCUGCCGCCUCCCGCCAUCCAGGCCAUCAAACGUGAGAGGGAUGAGGAAUCUGCUCUGGAGGAUGAAGAAGACGAGGAUGAUGAGUGUGUGGAGGAGGGACGGGACCGAGCAGGGGACAGCGAGGAUGAGGAAUGGGGACUCCUGCAAGUGGACAUGGGCGGAGCUAGGAAGAGUUCGACAGGAAGAGCACAGUGACCGCCGGAGGACAGUAUGUAUGCGGGUCUGAUACAUACAGUGGACAACAUUGGUAUUCCAGACACCUUAUUGGUUGAUACAAACAAAAUCAUUCAGUCAAGCAAUUUCCCAUAAUGACUCAAAAAAUAAGCUUCAUAUGACAAAAAACAUGCACAACUUUGCACAUCUAGUUUCCCCCAACUUUUCAAAAGCAGUAAAAAUGAACCGUAUAAAAAGAGAAACCCUUAAGAACAUGCCAACACUGUUACUUAUGACAGUGCUUCUCUAACUGAAAAGAGAGAAAUUAAAACGAAUUCAAGACCAGAGAAAGAUACGCCAUAGUGCCAUAUCUGGAAGUUACUUGUUGUAUGCAUAUUUUGUACUUCAUUUGGAGAUGCCAAAUAUUUUAGAAUGCAUCCCAAAGCCUUGUUCUGUAAGGGAAACAUUUUUUAAUGACUGCAUGUGGAUACAUAAUCAGAACUGAUCAAUGAGAAAAGAAAAAAAGAACAGCAAACAAUCACAUACAGUAAAUGACCAAUUCAACACAAUGGUCUAAAAACAUACAUUUACUGCAUAAUGUAACUUUGUACUCUUGAUGUCGCAUUGUCUCAGUUCUAUUUUAUUUUGAAUAUUCUCAGCAACUCUGUGCUUCUUUCAGUGUGUUAUUAUGUGUUAUUGAUCACAUGCCUCUUUACGAAACACUCCAAAUUCACAGCCCUACAGCCAUACAACUCUACAUCUAAAUUUGACACUUACACCAACUUUAGGUUUUGGGCAUUAGAAGAUUAUAAAAUUACAUUUAAAGAUUGAAAUACAUCACAUUAUUACAAAUCAAACCUUUCACUCAGGACAAAUCAAGGACCAAAGGUGAUCUACAUGUCUCAGAACAUGCGUGCAGCAUACAUAUAUUUUAUCUUCAGCUAUUCUAUAUCAUUAAGCAAAAAGAAACAUUAAAAGCUAAAAUGGAACAUUUUUCUCUGGGAUUUAGAAGAGUUGUCAAACAUGAGCCGAGCAUCUCAGCAAAUAUGAGCAGUGGUGUGCACAAACUGUUCCUUUCAGUCUCGUAAUAACUGACUAUAAAAUACAUUCGUUUCUUUGCAGGUAGUGAAAGAAAAAUGUUAAAAUUAUUGAGCUGUAUAAUAAAAGAGUUUUAAAACCCAGCAGAUCGGAGAGGCUUCGGAAAUUGACUGUGUAUUGCUUUAAUGGAUGUUCAUCAAACUAUAUAAUAAUAAUAAAACUCAAAUUUCGAUUACAUCAGUCUGUUAGAAUUACCGACUUUAUAAGAGUGGUCGCUUUGUACAAUUCAUAUCAUAAAAAACAGAAGAGUUGUCUAAUUCAACCAAACAUUAACUGUAACCAAUAAGCCAUUUUUUGUAAACUCUAUAACAGCAUUCUUUGAAGUGUGUUUGAAUAUUUCAUAUUAAUAUGGUAAUCAUUCAGUACAACAACCUGUAUGGUGCCAUGCAAUUACCACAUUCAUAUACCAUGGUAUUUACAUUUUAAUCCAAAUGUGCUUCAAAACUUCAAAGAGUACCAUGAUAUUAAUAACAUGAUAUUACUAUGUUAACAGUUAUUUGUAGGUGAGAAUUAUCAUAGGGUAGGAUGUUUUUGAUUAAAAAGCACAAUACACACUACAAAAUUAGUUCUAUAGUGAGUUCUAUAGCAUUUUUUCAGUAUCCCUUUUGUCCUUCCGCCCUGCUAAGGUCUGUGCACGCCACUGAUGACAACGUUAUACCUCCUCACAUGACAGAACAGUGUUACCAAAACAACUCAGAAGCUUCUGAUUGCUGCGUAUAUAGAAGCAGCACAGCAAGAUAUUUGGGAUAGAGCCAUAUGGUUUAAGGUUGUAAGCUGCAUGCAUGCAUACUUGUAUACUAUUUGCUUAAAACUGUAAAGAUAUCUCUUUUCAUCUUUCUACUUUUGUGUCACUGCAAACCAUUUUAUUUUAAUACAU